AUGUCUUCCCCAGCCGUCUAUGUUUCGGAAAACAAAGAUGACAGUCAAGAAAUCCCUGUUCCCAGAGGGGAUGAAGUCUUCACCCAAAGGGGAGACAAAUUUGGUCCGCAUUUCAGGUCUCAAUCGACCUCUGCUUCCCUUGGCGCUCUUCGCCGCCUUUGUAACAUCCCCCAGGAAAUUGAAUUCUCUCUUCCUAGACCCAACGAGUCUCCGGAAGUGGUGCGAGAGGGUUACUGUUGUGCGUACGAAGUCUAUUUCAAAGGCUGUGAAGCAGGGUUUUCCCUCUCCACCAGCGAACUUUUAGGGCUAUUUCGAACUCGUGAAUCCGCAGCAGCGGGGAACCAGACGAUCCCCCGCCCAACCGUUGACUUCUUGUCCUUCUUUCGAAUCGUUUCCGAGGGUGAAACAAAUUGGAAUUCCUUCACCCUUCAACGCAUUCAUAAAGCUGGGCUCGCUAUUAAAGACGGUCAGACUCACCCCAUCGAUCCUCCUCCCGAGGAGAAAGACGUCUCGAGCCUGAAUGCUCAAGAUAAAAGAAAGAUGCAGGCUGAAAUCAAGGCUCUUAAGGAUCAGCUAACUGAAAUCGGGAGAAAGAAACGGAUAGCUGCAAUCUCCAGGGUUGGUAACUUCCACAGGAAGACCCUCUUGGUUGAUGACGGUUCGUUAGAAGCAGCCCUGUCAGCCGCGGUAGAUACUCAUGGAGCGGAGAUCCUUAACAACCCUCCAGUUGCCACCGCAAUUUGCCCUUCCGAACCUGGGUGUGAGGGAGAAAUAACCUCCUCUCCUUGUACAAAGAGGAAGGCUCCAGAUUCCGAUAAUCUAUCAAACCAGAGACUUAAAACUGUGAGAUUAAGUUCUCCCCCACGAGUCUCUAGCCUUCUACGUUAUGUUUCUCCCUCUUCAGAACCUUUAAACUCCGAGCUCCCUCUUCCUGGAGACAGAGUAAUUUCAGAGGAAAUAGAUGAGCCAAGAUCGGAGGCUCCCCUAUCUCAAGGACUGAGUGUUAGGACUCAAAAUCCUUUACCCGCUUCGAUUUCAGGUGGAGAAGAGAUUGGAGACAUCUUCCGAAGUUUCCAAACCAGGGAAGGGGCGUCCCUUCCUCCUUUUUCGGUCUGGAGGCCAGAAAUCCCGAAGAGAGAGACCGCAAAGGCUAAGAACGAGGUUGAUGAUCUCAGAUUAGCCAACCAAUCCGAGCGACUUGAGCGGGAAAAAGCACUCGAGUCAUCUUUUGAAAAUAUGAAGAAAACUCUAGCAGCUAACGAGCAACGCAUCAGAAUUGUGAAUGCUGAAAGAGAUUAUGCGAGGUCUAAUGCUCUUCGCUUGGAGGCUAAGCUAGAGGAGAAUACGGCUUUGUUCGAAGAAGCAAAUCAAGAGAUCAAGCUUUUAACUAGGAACAGGGCUCGCGAUAUCGCUGAAGCCGAACAUAAUGCUCGAGAAGAGAUGAGGGGAUUCGAUCGAGCCGAACUGAAGAGCAAUAUAGACCUGAUUAAGGAACUAGAGGCUGGGAGAGUUUCGUUCGAGAACGAGAGGAGCGAAGUUGCUGCCGAACUCGCUAUGGUUGAGUCCGAGUUAUCCUCGGCUUCCCAUCCUACUCUCAAUCUGAAACAAUUUUCUUUGGUAUUUGGAGAUUCCCCAUCUCAAUUCGAGGUAGGUGAAGGUUCUCGUCCACAUGAGGGUUCUCCAGAGGUGUAG